AAGAAUCGGCAGUGUAGUUCCGAGCUGCAAGGAAGUGUAAAGGUUGGACGAAAAAUCAAGAAGAUAUAAAGACGAGAAGAUGAAGUCCGAUGCGUUGCGAUAUUCGAUGUUUGCAAUAUGGCUUCUCGAUUUCACCGGUAAGUACACUGUUAACAAAGUUGGAAAACAUUAAAAUGUUUAAGUGCCUUUGUAUUGCAACAAUGGGAAAGUGCUCAGACAUCUUACACAGUGUGGAGGGAACUGGUAUUUCCAAUAUCAUUUUUAUUCGAGGUAAAAUCUUAUAGUAAUGCGGAAUUUUUAUUCCCUUCGGAUCUAUUCCUAACCGGGAUUAAUGAUGAUGGUAAAGUGUGCCAGGCACCUUCCAGAUUGUUCUACACGUUGUCGGCUGGCAAAUGAAUACGCUUGUCAGUUCUCUUGCUAUAUAACCCAACAUUUCGGUCGGUUUUCAAACACGUAGCAACUGUGACAGCAAAAACGUAGAUGUAGGCCACCUCAGGUUUUAUUGUCAAACUGUGAAUGCAAAUUGCGUCUGCACUGAUGCAAAUCGGCGACAUAAGUACUCGACUGAAAAUUGCUAGGUCAUUGACUCAUUAGCAACAGCAUGCACGCGCGCAAUUACUUUGAAAUGUUAACGUUAACUACAAUAUGUCAUUUAAGCGUAGGAUUUUCCUGGUUAUGGCUUCUCUUUAAGCCCGCUCUUAUUGUUAUUAUUAUAAGUUUAAGCAAAACGAAAGCCUUGGAUACGGAAACGCGCACGCUCUGAUUUAUUUCUGACAGUCGAAACUGCAUAUUGGAUCUUGAAGAGUCGAUUUACCAAUUCUAAAAUUGCUAAAACAGAAAGACACCGCGAGUUUCGGAAGUAUAACACCUACAACUAGGAAGUAGAACACUUUCAUGUGACACAGAUAUGGCCGGAACAUAGACGUCAGUUGUACGUGGGAGUUUUAAAACCUUUCGCUUUCUAUAUUUACCAAAAAAAAUCCCUGCCUUAAAUUCUCAGAGGGGGACUUUUGUCCAUUUUUACUGAGCCGUUUCUCGAAAGCAAUAAGGGCGACCUUUUUCAAGUCUAAGAAGAAAAUAAUUUUAAAAAAUACUCAUUGCAAUAUCCUUAUUAUAACUGUUUGUCUGUGCUCUGCAGCCGUCUGCCUAAAAAAUUCACAUACAUCUCCCCCACUAAGAGGCUCAGAACGUCUAACUGCAAAUUCCAGCUGCUUAAUAAUACAAACAAUGACAUCUAGAUCGUUUUUACACCCACUGAAUGAUGAAGAGGCAGACAUAAUAAUACCCUUAAGAUAUUUCUAAUUAUGAGUAUUUUAAAAGUAAGGAAAAAGCAAGUACUCAUCAAAUAUAAGCCGUUCCUUUGGUUUUUUCGUUUUCAGUUGAUGCCUUUAAAAGGGUUAAAGAAAAAACCUUUUAAGGGACAAAAACGGAUCACAGGGGUCUCGGUAACUGUAUAAAUGUUGAUUACAAAUGCUUUGGUAUUGAGCAAACUCUUUUACUGUUUAUCCGUCUGAGCAAACACCUCGGAUAAAAAGGAACAUUCAGAAAUUGCAACUUAUACAGAAUUUUGCGGCUACAAUCAUCUCAGGUAUCAGGAAGUACGAUCACAUUUCAACAGGCUUAAGACAACUGCAAUGGCACUUUUUUAAUAUUAUUCUCUAGGGACUCUAUGAUGACAUUUAAGUGCAUUAAUGGGCUUGCACCUGAUUACCUUGCCUGUAAUUUACUUAAGCGAUCAGAUAUCCACACUCGAAACACCAGGUCUUGCAAUAACCUAAACAUCCCCAAAUAUAGAAGAACCAGUGGCUAGUGUCCUUUCACGUAUAGAGCAGAUAAGAUAUGGAAUUCACUAGACCCUGAUCUUAAAGGGGAAGGCAAUCUCAGUAAAUUCAAGAAAGACGUCAAACUAUUGAGGCUUGCCUAGCGACCUGAGGCAUAUAGCACCCGCUACGCUGUCAUUAUGUUGCUUUCAUUGUCAUAUUUAUCAUUUGGUUAGUCAAUCGCAUCAUAGUUCGUUAGUAUUAGCAUUAAUUUUUGAUCCUAUCAUAUUUUUAAUUAGUAAAAUCCAACUAGUGGUCUAUUAACAAUGCUGCGUUCUGACUGGUUGGGCUACUACUAGGCUAUAUAUUAUAGCCCACUAGUAGUGAAAAGCGCGGGCUUUUUGGCGGCAAAAAAGGAUUAAAGUCUAGCUUUAACUAGCUAGAACUUUUUUAUUCUCGUUAUUUUUGUCCAACUAGUUGGAUUUUACUAAAACAUUUAUUCCUCUCGCCCUCAUGGCCUCUGCGUAACUCAGAGCCCAUUCGGACUCGAGGAAUAAUUGUUAAAUAGCCGUUGAAAAGCCUCUUGGGAACUUCUAUUACAGAUAUGUGUGUAGGUAUGUAUGUACUGGUAAACAUGGAAAUCUACGUUGUUGCCAAUAGGCCACUUGCACUAUGAUGCAUUUUACUAUAACUUCGACUAGAACCCUUCAGGGUUUUCUUUCUUGUGCAAAUUAGGGCUUUUGUUAUUUGAACCUCGCUGGGAUUAACAAAUUUAAAUACAAAAGGAAAAACAAAAAGGAUUCUGGUCGUGGCAGUAAAACGACACCAUCGUGCAAAUGGCCUGUUACACAGAAAAAUCUCAAACUGACCAUGCAAGAUGUUUUAAAGGGACGCACUCAGCUGAUGCACAUGCACAUUAGACACCAUUUUUAAGGUUACUGUAUUUGCACAUCACAAGACACGCGAUUCAUGCUCUUUUUAACCACGUAUUGAAGGAUAAGUAAAAGAAUACUCAGGAAAAGGUUUCCAGUAAAAUAUCGAAGAUCAAAUGAGACACUAGGCAAGAUUGAAGAGGAUUUCUAGAUGUAUUCGACGUGAAUUUGAUUUCGAGUUGAGGUAAACGCUUUUCAAACUUGUAAAACUAGUGUCCAGGUCAGCGCAGUCCCACAGCUGUCUGUGACCCUUUACGGCAACGCGCUUGCUGAUUGGAAGCAUGGUGCCUCUAGAACUAACAGGCUCAACACCGCCGACAAGGGCUGCCCUCGAUAGCCAAUGGAGGCUUAGUUUUGUUCUUGAGAGACAAUGAAAACCUACGUUUUAGCCUGGACCCGGAUUAACUUCACGUUUUCCUUAGUUAACUGUUUAACUUGGCCGUCAGUCAAAUUAAGGCUCUUACAAUAGGCUAUUUUCACGAUACUGUCAUCUGACAACAACUACACGACAAGUGCACGACAGCAUCAUCAUUGAUAUCAGCAAGCUUUAGCGCUUAUGAGUUUACCAACGGUUGCGGAGCAUCACCACAACAUUUGCACGCGCACGUUUGAAAGCAUAACGAGCGACCCGAACCACAAGUUAAGAAAGUUGUUGCCGCCUCUUUAUAAGAGCAACUAUAAUCUAAGGCACGCGCGCACUUUCACUUUGCCGCGUUGCAAGACAAAUAGAUUUAAGAACAGUUUUUUUAUGGCCUCAGGCAGAAUUGUAAAUAAUUUUUAGGUUUCUUAUUAUACGUUUUUAGUCUUAGCUAUUACAAUUAUUACUCAUUUUUACAAUUAUUAGUAUAAAUUAUUACCAUUAUGUAAAUACGCAAUUCAGCUUAUGCUGCAAUAUAUUUAAUAACGUACCUAUCUAUCUAUCUAUCUAUCUACUGCUACUACUAUUAUCAGAAUCCAUUCGUUGUCCAUUCAUAUUUAAUGUUGGUAAUCUCAUCGACGUUUCGAAAACAAAAGCCCAAAUUUGCACAAUUAAGCAAUACAGAAGUAAUAGUGAAUGAAGUUAUCGUGCAAAUGAUAUCCCUAGGUUUUAGCUUUCAGGCCCCCCACGCUUCGCCCUAGAGCACAAAAUGCAAUGAAAAUAAUGGCCUCCUCGGGCCCCACUUUUUUUUCUUUCUCACCGACUCUUCACGAACGGGGAGUUGACAAGUUCAUAUAUACAUCCCUUUUCCUUUCUCAGCACCAAGCAUCGGAGAUGGAUUAAAAUGCUACAGCUGCUUCUCAAAAAAAUCCUGGGAUGAAUGCGAGGAGGGAGAAGAAAAACGCGUGUGCCCACCAGAUCACAAUGACGUCUGCAUCAAACUUCAUCUAGUGGAGCACGGUGAAGAGCCGGGGGAUUAUAAUGAAAAAUUUGCAAAGAUGUGUGGACUAGCACAAUUGUGUACCGAUAAGGAAUGCAAAGAAAAUGGAAAGUACUGCAAAGUUGAAUGUUGUCACAACGAUUUUUGCAACUCAGCGGCGAAACUAUCGACUCGGUUGCCAAUCAUGCUACUUCUUCAGUUGUUGAUUUUGAUUGUGACACAUUUCAUACAGUUGCCAUGGUACUGCGGCUAA